CAUUAUCAAACCGCUUCCGCCGCGCCCUCCCCUCCAAUGCCCGUGUGAGCGCCGGCACCUCGCGGGGGCCAUGGAGGGCUCCACCGGGUUUGGGAUCGACUCCAUCCUCUCCCACCGAGCCGGCAGCCCGGCCGUGCCCAAGGGGGACCCGCUGGUGGGCGAGGGCCGGUCUCCGCUGGAGCUGAGCCCCCCCUCGGAGGGCAGCAGCGGCUGCCCCUCGCCCCGCUCGCCGGGCCGGGAGUGCCUGGAGGCGGCGGGGCCGCGGCAGGGCCUGGAUGCGCACCUCCAGCCGGGGCAGGUCUCGGCUCCCUCCCAGUCCCGGACCGUCACCUCCUCCUUCCUCAUCAGAGACAUCCUGGCCGACUGCAAGCCCCUGGCCGCCUGCGCUCCGUACUCCAGCACCAAUGGACCUCACGGCGGGCAGGAGCCGGCGGGCAGGAUCCCCACCAAGCCCGGCGAGGACUUUAGGGAGAAAAUGGAAAAAACCACAAGCAGCUCCUCUUCGGACUCGGAGUACAAAGUGAAAGAAGAAGGGGACCGAGAGAUCUCCAGCUCCCGGGACAGCCCCCCGGUGCGGCUGAAAAAGCCGCGCAAAGCCCGCACCGCCUUCACCGACCAUCAGCUGGCCCAGCUGGAGCGCAGCUUCGAGAGGCAAAAAUACCUGAGCGUGCAGGACAGGAUGGAGCUGGCCGCCUCCCUCAACCUCACCGACACGCAGGUGAAAACGUGGUACCAGAACAGAAGGACCAAGUGGAAAAGGCAGACGGCGGUGGGCCUGGAGCUGCUGGCCGAGGCUGGCAACUACUCAGCCCUCCAGAGGAUGUUCCCCUCGCCCUACUUCUACCCACAGAGUUUGGUCUCCAACCUGGACCCCGGCGCCGCUCUCUACCUUUACCGGGGGCCCAGCGCCCCUCCUCCGGCUCUACAGAGACCCUUGGUGCCCCGCAUCCUCAUCCACGGACUGCAGGGCGGCAGCGAGCCCCCGCCGCCCCUGCCCCCGCUGCCCGGUGUCCUGCCCCGGGCUGCGCAGCCCCGGUGAGCCCCGGCCGCCCGGGCAGCCCCCCGGCGCCCCCCGGGCCGGGGAGGGGGGCACCGCGCCUCUGGGGCU